CUUUCUACUACUUCGUAGACAAGCUCACGGGUGCAUUCAGUUGAUACGAAAACUUUUGCAAAAAUCACAGUAAACUGUGAGGCAAUAUAUCUCGAUAGGAGUACGUUUUGUUUUACGAAAAGCUACAAACUUUCAUGAUCAUGUCGUCUUCGAAUUUGAGUAUGAAGUGGAGACAACUUCAACAGGACGCUUGAAAUAUUAAUGUUCAGUGGGUCAGCAAUAAGGUAUCUGUCUUGAGCCGUCGAGUGAUCGAGAUCAAAAUGAGUUGGACGCGCUGACACGAACGAAGUUUCGUGAGAAAUGUUGUGAAAAUUUUGCUGUGAAUUCAUUUAACAUUAUUUUAUGGCGAGAGAAACAGGAUAUGUCUGACUAUGAGCGGAAGCGUUAGGAAUUUCACUGUUAUCCACAGGAUCAUAUUUUGGGUCUUGGUCGUCGUUUUGCAGCGUACAUCUUCCUACCCAUUUCCUCUUGCAUGGGGCUCCCCUUAUCUGAGCGCUGAACAUUACUGGCCAAUGGACAACAUAACGAAUGGAAUCCUCGAGGAUGUUAGAGGGGCAGCUCACACCGUCGUACAUGAAGGAAAGAUUGUGGUAGUACCUCAGCUGGGACAUGCAUUGUCCUUGGAUGGAAUAGAUGACUGGGUGGAUACUGGUGGUUUUAACGCAGAUUGCGUGACAGAACCCUCAAGAUGUGAGAAUGGAUUUACAGUGACAUUUUGGCUCAAGGUUCAAGGAACUGGCUAUAUCUUCUCAUCAGGAUCUUUCACAAACAAAAGGAAUGGUCCAGGAUAUCAGCUAUAUUACCACCAGAGCUUGAAACGUUUUAAAUUUAUUCUUGAAACCAGAGAUAAAAAGUGGACGCUGUUUAUUCACGAAGAAGUUGGGCUGUGGACGCAUAUGGCCUUUACAUGGAGGGAACGGAACGGACUGGCGUAUUACGAGGAUGGAAAUUUGAGCUCGUUUACCGACAAGCCCGAAAUUGUGUCUGCGUUGCGCCAACAGAAUUACACACCUGUUAUCACACUUGCACGGCCUAGCAGCAGUUUGAGUCUCAAGAAAUUUGGAAAGUUUGAGAUUUCUCAGUUUGCCAUCUGGCAGAAAGAACUUUCAGCUGCAGAUAUUGCUGGAGUGUAUCAAGAUGGAGUUACUUAUGAUGCGAAAUUAUCCAUGUGUUGUUAUUUCAAAUCAGUGAGCCGUUGUAUGGAAAAUCCAUGUCAUGACCCUGAACAUUGUCGCAGAAUCAUGGAAUCUGCUGAGAAGUGCCUUUGUCCUGCUGUCAAUCUUGGCCUUAAAACUUGCAAAGCAAAGAUAACAGGUGCAUGUGAGGACAAGAGUAGAAGUUGCGACGUGUUCGCUAAACAAUCUGAAUACUGCAAACGAAGAAAAAUGCGAGAAAUUUGUCCGCAGUCUUGCAAUUACUGUGGUCCUUCGCAUCCUAUCACCACGCUGAAACCGACACUGAAGACUUCGUCGACGUUCAUGUCCAGAAUAUCUCGGAAAUCCCGCAAUCCCUCCACGGUGGUCCCGACUAACGGGAGUCCGGCGGGUGGUGGGAUAACUACAAACCCGACUUCACGGCCAAGGACUCCGACUACAGCCAGGAGAGGUAAAAGAGGCGAAUCUUGUGACAGACUGACGUGUAAGUACCAUGAUCGCUGUGUGAACACUUCGCAUGGUUAUGUCGAAUGUAGAUGCCCUCAACAUACUUGCCCUAACGGCAGAGAAAUCAUUUGUGGCAACGACGGCAAAACCUACCUGAAUAUGUGCGUAAUGAGGAAAGAAGUAUGCCGAGUACAGAAGCCGAUAGAGAAGAAACACGAAGGUCGCUGCAGCGGUGGACUAUUUCCCGAAGCAACGCAUUAUUUGCCAUUCAGUGACGUUUCUCAGGAUAAAAGGGUGAAGGAUUUACGAGGAAACAUCACCGGUGAUGUUAACAAUGGAGCGAAGCAGUCGACCGAUGAUCAAAUUGGAGAAGUAUUGACACUAGAUGGUGAGGAUGACUUCAUCGAACUGACGGGUUUCAAAGAGAAAUGCAUUGUGGAGCCUUCUUCUUGCAAAGAAGGUUUGUCGGUGGCAUUUUGGAUAAAAUACAUCAAAGGUGAAUUCAUCAUUUCAAGUGGACAUUACACCUUAAGUUCGCGCGGCCCAGGCUACCGCUUAAUUUGUGAAAACUGUGGACCCCACUUGACGUCGUCAAGAAGAUUUGUCUUGGAACUUUCCAACCAUUCGCACAGGUGGAGAAUACUUCUCGACUCUCUUCCCAAAUGGUGGUUUCAUUUCGCCUUUACUUGGAGUCGAGAGCAUGGUCUGAAGUUCUACAAGAAUGGUAAAUUAGCCGUGAAGAGCCAAAAGCCGGAUUUUUUAAGGAGUGAAAGAAAUGCUAAAGACAAAAUGACUAUUGGAAAACCCAACUCCUUGACUAAGAUUUACUCGUAUGGAGGGUUCAGCAUCGGGCACUUUACUAUUUGGUCAUACGAGUUGUCUUGGGAUAAUGUUGAAUUGGCUUUUUUGUCUACUCUAACGGAGACAACGUCUUCAAUAAAAUGCUGUCAUGAAAUGAAAGCUGAUCCUUGCGUAAAGAAUCCUUGUCAUAAUGGUGCAACUUGUCAGCGGUUGGAAGACACAUAUAAAUGUAUCUGCCCGGGCAUCAGCCUGAACGGAAUCUGCCCGCUUGCUCCUGUGCCUUGUGAAGACAAAAUCGCUCAUUGUUCCCAGUUCGUUCAACAAGAUGGAUACUGUAAGAAUCACAGAAGAAAAAUGAGGAGCAUAUGUCCAAAAGCCUGCAACUUUUGUAAUGGAGGCUCCGAAAAACCAACACGCUCAACGCAAGUGUCGUCGUCCGCGAGUUUUAAAACGAAUGUUCGACUCUCAGAAGCAACACCACGCAGUCAAAUUGUGGGAGAAACACUUCAAAGUGAAAACCGCAGCGCUCAGAGUACAAGAGAAGGAGGUGAAAUUUCUAUUGAGUCAAAAGCAUCGUAUACGAAGCAUAGAUCAAAAAUGGCAUCCAUUUUGAGCUCGAAACCCGUAGAAGCAAGCGACAUGAGAGACAGCAGCCGCUCACGAUCAGGAUAUGAAAUGAUCAGCACAUUUGAUAAGAGAGUUAUCAUUAGCACAAAAACAUCAUCUUCGUUCAGUGAUUUUACACCUAAAGGUGAUAAGACCCGAACACAUAGCAUGUCGACGGAUCUAAAGCUUCACAAAACUUCUCAACAUUCGUCAGCAUCCAGUUCACAUACCGCGGUCAUCAAAGAGUCUUUAUCAAUCACAAGUGUCACUACGUUUCAAGAUUCAAGUACCCCCAUUCCGAAAGUUUCAUCAUCGAUAACUCUUAUUAAAAGUACCGAUGAAUUGUACGCUAAACUCACUUCGACAUCAAGACAUGUCAAACACACGAACACACCAUCUCUGACAGAAAUGCCUGUGAAUUCCAUCAAAACUACAUCAAUAAUCUCGCUUCCCAUAGCAACAACUCAUUUUUCAUUUACCUCAGCUCAGACGUCGCUUUUGUCUACGGUCGCUGUGCAAGAGAAAGCUCCAUUAACUUGUAACAUAAAUAAUGUCACUUGCGUUUGUUUUAAUUGCGGUGAAGUGCGUCAAAAGGAAGGAAUCUGUUGUAUGGAUCUUGUCGACAAUAGGAAAACUCAACAAGGAGUUCACAUUAAUAUGAUUAACAUUACAGUUGAGAUCUUUUAUCCUAAAGUACAUGUCGUUUCGAAGAUUAUCGAAGGAGUGAUUUGGGAAUCGUGCAUGACGAACUCAUCCCUUUGCCUAGGUGAAGAAAAGUUCUUUGAGGCCAAACGUGUUCGUAAGAAGCGUUUGGCACAAAAUUUUUUCUUCAAUGACGACUCUCUGUCGGAUAUUCUAAGGAUAAAACGAGAUUCAGAAUCGGGUCAUCAUAGCUCACAAAUUCAUGCAUCAUCAGUUAAUAACGGAGCACUUCGUCCUGAUAUUAAACCCUCUAAAAUCAAUAUCACCCGGGUAGAUGUGAUAAUAUACAGUAUUUACUCCGUGGCCGGGAAUCCAAGUGCAGUUGGAACGGCCUUUUACGUCACGGUGACGUCACUUAACAAUGGAACCAAUCACACGCAAGUUCUUGAUGGCAAAGGUUUACUACAAAUUCUCAGGAACAAGAGAAAUGUUCUUGAGAAUAAAUUAAAUAUAACUAUUGACUCAUUCUCAGCUACCAUGUCAUCUAAAAGCUUGACGCCCUCUUCAACAUUGGUUCUUAACCCCUCUGCCCCAAGCAGGAACCUACAGACACCCUUACCCUUCCCUGAAGUUCCAACCUCCGCCGUGCAGGGAAGCACGGAUGGGGAUGACGACAAAGGUAUUUCCCAGGGCUUGCUCAUCCUCAUUAUCUCCGCAGCUAUCGGGGGCCUGGUACUACUCGUUGUUUUAUCCGUGUUCAUAUUUACUCGCUUUUACAGACAAAGAAAAGGAGAGUUCGUACCAGACAAGAAUUACCCCACCCCUCACAGUAAACAAAAUGGUGAGGCAGUGGAUGUCGACGACGAUGUCGAUAACAUUGCGUCAUUUAAUGACGUCAUAGACCCGUCCACUCCUCGUAUCACAGAUGUUCCUCACAAACCCACCAGGGCCCAGUCUUCUUCAGGAGGGGGUCCAGGCGGCGCUAAAAAAUCAAAGAAGCCAAUGGGAGUAAAAGUGACAUACAAACCACCCAAGUGGGACUAGUUGAUAAGGCAGAAAAUGUCAACAGGGAAUGCAAACGAAUACAGGUCAUGUUGCAGAGACAUUUUGCCCCCUGAAAGGAUUGGAAAUUUACAAACCAAACUCCGGUCAGCCGGACAGUCCCGUACAUCUCUAGAGAACGCUAACUUAGUUUACCAACCAUUCGGAGACGAGAACUUACGACCAUGUGACCAGAAUGGACCAAUCAGUGACGGGACGACAUUCAUUUUUUUUCACGCUCACUGCUUGUUGAUCCAUUUUGGUCUCGUGGUCGAAAUAAGCGAUUCUGAAUGGUUGGUAACUUGAACCAAUCACAGUGCCUUCGUUCUGCCUCCAAAGAACUUACAGUUUCCUUAAAGCUGUUUGCAGUCUUUUUUGAUGUUACGUAGCAAUAAAUGCCGGGCAUUUUUUUUAUUAUUAUUUCAUCAAAAUACGGGAUAAUUUCGACUUUGAAGGCAGACUUUUUAAUACAAAAAAAAGGGAAAGGGAAUGAUUUUGUUGUCCUUUUUGCUAAGCGAAUAUGCAAAAUGCCUAGAAUUUGAGUAAAUUAAACCACGAAAUUUAAUUAUGCAAAAUACGUUUCUCUGGAGAAACCGCGAUAUUAUUGAUAAGAACAUGUUUUUUCUUAAUAUAAAGUGAAUAAUUACUCACUAUUCAGCGAAGAAUUUUCAAUUGUUUUGAUAACUAGUACUAGCUUUUUUUUAUCCAAAUCAUUUAAAAUUGUUAAAAUUCAAGCCACUUGUCGUUGCGAAUCUAAAAUAGCGAAGUCAAUGGACAAAAGGCAGUAGCUUUGUUGUGCACAAUUAUCUUUGAAUAUCUAAAUAAUGAUGCGAAAUUCACCUAAUUUCCUUGCUGUAAACCGUCGUGGUUUAUUUUGUUCUGUUUUGCCAAUCAGACUGACAAUUUUUAAAAUCAAUUGACCGCUGCUUUAACCCAUGAAGAACUCCAUGAUAUUUCUCAGUUACAAAGUUAAGAAGAAGUAAAGUGAAGGUGUUUACCGAAAGUUUGAACGAGAAUGUAAUUUCCAAGAGCAACGCCCUUUCAAAAGAGAAAUUUGAUCGUUUUUCUCACAAUAGUACUUCAAUAAUAAAAGAACUUUAACUUGAAGGUUAAAAUCAAAUCUAAUUAAUACAGAUGUUUGUUAAAAUCUGGCAAUAAACCUAAAAUCUGACAAGGCUGAAGAAAGGAUCAUUGUCAGUAUCUCAGCAACUGAGCACCUACCCCUCUCCCUAACAAAACAUUAAACUUAACUUAUUAUCAGUUGGCUGUUGUUGGGCUAGGGAGGGGUAGGUGCCCAGUUGCACAGAUACUGACAUUAAUCCGAAGGAAACAUGAAAAAGGGACUGUGGAUAUGUCUAUUUGGGAAUAUCUGGUGAGGGAUUUUCUUCAGAAACUCAACAACAUCUCGUUUUUUAACCUUUAAACUCCCAAGAUCUGAUUGUUAGUUCUCCCCUAUAGCUGCUAAACAUUUCGUUGUAAAUUAUUCGCUAGAAUUUAGUGCAAGAUCAAGAUAACAACUUCUGCCCCAUAAGUUUGAGUAUUCUCGUUACCUGUUUGCUAAAUUACAUUAUUAUAUAUAAUAUUAUUAUAGGGAGACGUUACAUGUUAAUCACAUCUAGGAGUUAAAGAGAUAAACCGCUAUUGCAUCUGAUGUUCUCUGGGAUUUACUAUUGUCAAUUUUCCACGUAAAAUAUACUUAUAAUUUGAAAAUUUUUCAGUGAAACCUUGAAUUUUUAUAAGUGAUUAUGAAAAAUUAUAUUUUAAAUUUUAUCAGUUUUCAACACUGAUUUCUGAUCCUUUUUAAAAGGUUGCGUCACGGCUGUCUGAGUUAAUACAAGUGUGAGCUAACUUCGCGU